UUCACUCCUCAAACUCUCUCUUCACUUUUCCAAGAAAAGAACUCUUCAACAUCAAGUCUUUGCCUUUGUGUUUUUCCUCUUUGACAGUUUUCUUACAUCUCUCCUUCUUUAUUUCAUGUCUCUUUUUUUCCCUCUUUGGAAGUUUGAAACCAAAGGCAUAUUUUGAGGGGGGUUCUAAUUUGCAUGGCAAUCAUUUACUACUAAUAUAUCAUAUUUCCUUAGUAUCUUCAAAUUACACUAAAGUUUAAAGUUGCACCUUCUAAAUUCUUUUUUUUUCUCUUUUCUUGGAUCAUCUUCUUCUUCAACUUCUUCAAAUUUAUCUCUUUUUGACUGAUAAAAGUUCUUAAUUUUCAUUCCCAAGAAAAUAUUCAACAGACAUAUAGUAGUUCAAAGUACAAAAGGGAACAAAUUUGCCAACUUGUUGAAGGUAUAUUUACACCUUUAGAUCUAUAAAAAUAUUGUCCCCUAUCCCAACAAAGUCAUCUUUUGGCUUUGAUUCAAAAACUAGGUGCCAAUAUAAUUCAUUAAUAUAUUUUUUUUGGGCCAAAAAAAAAAAUGCUUAGGCAAAAUUUGUAUGGAGAUGGAAGAAGUGGAGAAAAAUGCAACAAUAAGGUGAGAAAAAGGGGAGGAUCAACAUCAAGUUCAUCUUCGAUAAUACAAAGUUAUAGAUUAAAAAGGGCAAUAUUAGUUGGGAAAAAAGGAGGGUCAAGUACACCAGUACCAAUGUGGAAAAUGAAUAAUUCAAGAUCACCAUCAUUACAAAAUGAUAGUAAUUGUAAGUCAUUCAAGAUUUUGCAGCAGCAGCAAACAACAGCAGCAAAAGUUAUUGGUUGUGAAAAAGGGAAAGAAGUAUUGUCAGUUUCAGCAAGAAAACUUGGUGCUACUUUGUGGGAAAUUAAUGGUGUUCUUACACCUAAUAAAAAGGAAGAGGUGAAUUUUGAUGAAGUGGUAAGGGUUGUUAAGUCAUCAUCCAAAUUUGAUUCUGUUGCUUUGCAAUUAUCUCAUAGUCCUGUUUCUGAGAGAAUGGAGAGAUCUAAAGUGGGAAGUCAUAGAAGAAGAACUUCAAUUGGUUCUCAGAAACAUGUGCAGACUGAUUUCUCACUCCAAAAUGGUUGCUUGAUUGAGGUUGAUCAGACACAACAAAAUCAUGCACAGACUGUAAACAGACAUCGGUUAAAGGAUGUAAGGAAUGGCCUCUCCGCGUCUAAGGAGUUGCUGAAAGUUUUGAAUCGCGUAUGGGGACUUAACGAGCAUCAAUCAACGUGCUUAUCUCUUUUCUCAGCUAUAAAAGCUGAGCUUGAUCGGGCGUGUAUUCAGGUGACUAAACUGAUCCACGAACAAAGAUAUAACAAUGGUGAAGUUGAUGUCCUCUUGAAGCAAUUUGAAGAAGAAAAGGCGGCUUGGAAGUUAAAAGAGCAAGACAAGAUUCACACUGCCAUUACAUCUAUAGCAAAGGAGCUCAAGAUAGAGAAGAAGCUGAGGAAGCAAACCGAGAGACUAAACAAGAAGCUCGGGAAGGAAUUGGCUGACACGAAAACUUCUCUGUCAAAGGCAGUGAAAGAACUUGAAGGCGAAAAGAGGGCACGAGAGAUAUUGGAGCAAGUAUGCGAUGAGUUAGCUAGAGGUAUUGGAGAAGAUAGAGCUGAGGUGGAAGAAUUGAAGAGACAAUCAGCUAAAGUACGCGAGGAAGUUGAGAAGGAAAGAGAAAUGCUUCAACUAGCUGAUGUUUUACGCGAGGAAAGAGUUCAAAUGAAGCUAUCAGAAGCUAAGUAUCAAUUCGAGGAGAAAAAUGCAGUUGUCGAUAUGCUAAGGAAUGAGCUCGAGGCAUAUUUGAGAUCCAAAAAGGGACAAGAACAAGGUGGUGAUGACUCUCCUAAUUAUGAAAGAAUCAAAGAACUCGAAAAACAUUUGAGGGAAACACUUCCAACCACAUGUUAUUACCAAGAUAAAGAGAAGGAAAAUGGGAAAGUACUAAAUAAAGAUGAGGAUGAAGAAGAAGAUGAUGACGACGACGAUGAUGAUUCAGCUGAUAGUGAUCUUCAUUCAAUUGAAUUAAACAUGGAUGAUAACACGAAAAGCUAUCAAUGGGGAAGCACUCUUCAGAAUGAUCCUAAGAGAUUUUCGGUUUCUGAUAAAAGUAAAGGGAGGAGGUCCAUAUCAGAGAAAUUUCCAAGACAAAGUAUUUCCAUAGAGAGGGAAACUUCAGAUGGCAUAGAAUGGGAAUUCACCGCGGGAGGGAAAGAGAACGUGGACACGUUCGAGCAGGAGAGGUCCAACUUUCUUGAAAACGGAGGAAUUUUCGAGUUCUCUUCUCAGGUUUGGAAAAAAGAUUGUGAAGAUGAAAUAGAGAGGUACAAAAUGAUCAAGGAUCUUCGAGACCAUAUCGUGUCUUCUGCUUCGAGGAAAACACCAUCUCAAGGCUUUUCGAGUCCAACUAAGAAUUGGAGCCAACAAAAUUUGCCUUCAAAUGAUGCUGAAAGGGUGAUCAAUGAGGCUUUUGCUGUAUUGCAAGGAGCAAAUUGAAGAAAUGCUUGAGUUUAUUGGCCUUUAAAUCACUCUCCUUCUGCAGUUUGAUACUACAUUGUUUACAGAUUUACAUGAAAAUAUUUUUUCUGCUGUUUUUUUCUGAAACUAUAGCUAAACAUCCAACCUCAUUACAAUUUUGUGGUUUGCCCCUUUGUAUGACAUAAAACUGUACAAAUUUUUGCUACUCUUCUUUUGAUUAUAGAGAUGCCAUAAGUAUAUUA